GAAUUAAGCUGUCAUGUUGGUUUAUUCGAACCUCAAUGAACCCGCAAUUAUGGCUUCUAUAGAUAAGGAUGUUUUACCAGGUCCUUUGGUUUAAGAUGUUAUGAUACCUUAAUGUCAGGAAAAUAUCCAUUUUUUUAACCUUUAACUAUUAGAGUUUGACUGCACAAUUCAAAUCAAUUGCGCAUGAUUACCAUGGAUUGAAAAGCUUUUCCUUUUUUUUUUUUUUUUAAGCUUUUCAAUCCGUGUCUCCCCAUUUGAGAAUCCACAAUGGGAACAGAAGAUGAAAAUAAAAUACAUGCAAUGUUUCUUCCUUACAUGGCACCAGGCCACAUGAUGCCGAUGGUAGAUAUGGCGAGGCGAUUUGCUGCUAUUGGCACCAAGGUCACCAUAAUCAUCACAACCAUGAAUGCCCUUCGCAUCAAAAACGCCAUUGAUCGAGAUAUUAAAUCUGGCCGUCAGAUUACACUAGAAAUUAUCUCUUUACCUAGCACUGAAGUCGGCUUACCUGAAGGAUGCGAAAAUAUGAUCUCCGUCCCAACGCCAGAAAUGUCCAUUAAACUCUUCCAUGCCAUUGAAUUGCUGCAGCCACAAAUUGAAAAGCUUUUCCGUGAUUUCCGCCCUGACUGCAUAGUCUCUGACUGUCUCUUCCCAUGGAGUUUGGAUGUUGCCAAUGAGCUUGGCAUACCAAGGAUCGCCUUUAAUGGUAGUGGAUUCUUCAAUCUUUGUGUCGCGGAUAGUAUUUCACGUUAUGAACCUCACAAGAACAUCAAAUCCGAGACAGAGACAUUCGUUGUUCCAGGCCUUCCAGAUGAAAUAAUACUCACAAGAUCACAACUGCCAGAUAUUGUUAAAGCCAGAAAUAACUUCUCCGAGUUAUUUGACAGGCUAAAGGAAUCUGAGAGGAAGAGCUUUGGGUUGUUGAUGAACAGUUUUUAUGAGUUAGAGCCUGCUUAUGCAGAUCAUUGCAGGAAAGUUUUGGGAAUCAAAGCUUGGCACAUUGGCCCUGUAUCUCUUUUUAAUAGAGACACAGAUGAUCAAGUUGAAAGAGGGGAAAAGGCUUCUGUUUCCAAACACCAGUGCCUCAGUUGGCUUGAUUGCAGGAACUCCAAGUCCGUUCUUUACAUCUGUUUUGGAAGCCUAACCAGGUUCAGCAAAAAUCAAACAACAGAGAUUGCUCAUGCGCUCGAAGCUUCAGGCUACUCAUUCAUCUGGGUUGUUGGGAAAGUCUUGAAAACAAAGAAUGAUGAUUGCAAAGAUCAAGAGCAAGAAUUAUGGCUGCCAGAAGGAUUUGAACACAAAAUGAAAGAAAACGGGCAGGGAUUAAUUAUAAGGGGGUGGGCGCCGCAGGUGUUGAUACUCGAGCAUCCUGCCAUUGGAGGUUAUUUGACACAUUGUGGUUGGAACUCUAUACUCGAAGGGGUUACUGCAGGUGUACCUUUGAUCACAUGGCCGAUUUUUGCAGAACAAUUCUACAAUGAAAAGCUAGUAACUCAAGUGCUAAAUUUGGGAGUAGCAGUGGGCAAUGAGGUUUGGAAAGCAUGGGCAACAGAGGAUUCAACCUUAGUAAAGAGUAAGGAUGAUAUUCUUAAGGCGAUUAAUGCAGUAAUGGGCAAUACAGAAAAGGCAACAGAGAUGAGCAAAAGAGCAAAACGACUUGGAGAACUAGCAAAGAAAGCCAUUGAAGAAGGCAAUUCAUCUUACAAUGACAUGAUAGGUUUGAUUGAGGAUAUCAGAUUGUAUAAAACAACUAACGGAGUUAGUGCCAACUGUGACGAGGGAGCAAAGAUGAGCAGCAUACGAAAGCUUGGAGAAUUUGCAAAAGAAAAAUAAUUAAGCCAGCAAUGCAUCUUACAAAGACAAGGAAGGUUUGAUUGGGGAUAUUUUAUUUUACAAAACAAAAAACGGUGUACUGUAUAAACAAUCAGGUUUUCCUUGUUUGACAAACACUUGUGCUUUCCCGCAUAAUAAUUUAUACUUUUCCACAUAAUAAUUAUUCCUUCAAAGGUUUAAGAUCAGCUGCUAUGUGGAAUGUGGAAAAAGAUUUCGAGCUAUUAAUGCUAUAUAAAGAAAUAUGUGAUCUUUCAACAGCGAGCAAGUGUAAAACCACA